UAAAACCUCCCUUGCAUACCACAUCUCUCCUCAUUUCCUUCACCUUCCUUCCCAGCAAGAGUAAAAAAGUCAGCCAAUCCUCUCUUCUGGGCUGCCCCCUUCUCCUCGAUGGCACCCUCAAAGCUCAUCUUCACCCUCUUCAUCCUCCUUUCCUCCCUCUCCUUCUCAUGCUCAGCAAGACCUUGCAAAACCCUUUUCAUCUCUUCUUAUUCCUUGUCCAUCAAACCCCUUAACCCUAACCCUAACAACCCAUCUUCUGGUUUCUUUAUCGUUACUGAAAUCGAAGAAACCUCAACUUCCACCUUCCACUCGAACUUCUUUAACCGCAGAUUCAUCCCUUUCAUCCCUAACAAUAAUUACGAGAAAUCCCAUGAAAUUCAUGACAAGAAGGGUUUUCAAGAAACCGCCCAGGUGGGGUCGGUUUGGCCUGGAUUUGGUGGUUAUGAUUUGAGUUCGUUGCGUGAUCGUACUAAGGAUAUUCUUAGCGUGGUGGUUGCUUUGCUUUUUGGUGUCGGUUGUGGUGCUCUUACCGCAGCUACGAUGUACUUGGUUUGGUCUUUUUUUUCUCCUUCGCAGCCGCGCUAUAGUCAUUAUUUUGAUGGAGAUUUUAGUGAUGAUGAGGAGGAGGAUGUGAAGAAAAUUGGGUAUGUCAAGAUUCCUGAGGCGGAGCAAGUUAAAUGCGGUUCGGUAUGAGGGAGAUUGGUAAUUUCUUGAUUUGGGUUUGCGUAUAUAGUAAUCAAGAUAGUGAAUUCGGUAAUUAUCAACUGGUUUCAUUUUAUCGAUGUUUAUGUUAUUAUGGAAUUGUUGUUAUUAGUGACGAACAAAUGAUGAUGCUUUUAUGGUGUGUGUUGUUUUUAUUGCCGAAAGGCUCUGACUUUUAUUGUUAUGUAAUAUCAGUUGACUCUGGUGCGUUAA